ACAAGAGCUUGUUGAGGUUCCAGAACCGAAAUUAGUACUUUUCGAACCGUUUGUAAUAUAUCGUUGAAAGUAGCUAAAUCGUUUCUAUAUGCUAUAGAAUAUAGCCUAACGCUUCCAAUAGGCCAUCGCGCAAACAUCUUGGCAAAAAAAAAACUUGUCCAAAUUGGAAUGACUUAAAAAUUUAAAUCAGACACGAUCGCGUCAAUGAUUGCAACACUUUGACUCGUGCAUUUGCUUUGAAUAAAUAUAAUUUUAGGCUCCAACUUCAGCAAUUUAUCGAAUAACCAGUAUUGGAUUUUGUCAAUAAUUUAACUGACAGGCAACAUGAUGUUGCAUUUAUGGAAUGUUGAAAACCCUAUAUACGUUUUCAUUUAUAUAAUAUUAUCAAAAUUUUUGCAAACCGGUUCUUGGAAAGUCCGCGAUCUCGUUCCUGACCAUUGAGAUCCAUUCAUUUUCAAAAAUGAGACCAUAUUGUUAGGGAAUUUGACACAAGAGAGAAUCCGUUUCUAAAAUUUUGAUGUUAUAGCGACACGUAGGAAAUUUUAAGAACAUUUUGCAGGUUACACAAUCAAGCCCUGUCUCGAACGCGCAGAGAGAUAGCAAACAACAUUCACAAACCCGUUAGAAAGUUGAUCUUUAUCACAUUGGGAUAUCACCAACUUUCUAUAGGGUUUCUUGGAUGUUGUUCCAUAUGAUUCCGCGCGUGCCAAGACUGGGUUUCCUUUUAACUGUGAGCUUCAAAGUCUCUUAACAAGAUUGCUUGAUUGUGUAAAAUAUUCUUUAGUUAAAAACGGCAAAGAUGAAACAAUAUAAAAUAGCGAUAAAGAGUAAAACAUAACCUGCAGUUGAUUUGUGCGAGAGUGUCAAGUCGAAUCUCGAAUACGACCAAAAACUGAACGCGUCAACGCGUCGUGACCGAGAAGACCCAGACCUGGGGUCGCUAUGAUACCAUUACCGGUUUUAACAAUAAUUCAUAACUUGCGAGUUGCGACACUGGACCGUGCAUUUUCUUUAUUCUCUAAUUUAUAUUUAUGCACUAACUUAGUAUUUCAUCUCAUUAUAGGAAAAACUAUCUGAACGCCUUUAAGUUCCAGGCCAUGAUGCAGAAAUUUCUUGUGUCUCUCUUGCUGUCGGCUGCUGUAAUGUCUAUGUUGCUGGGUCAAGCAUACGGCAUCGAUAUUUGGACUUAUCCGGAAUGUACAGAAGACACGGAUUGUAGACCUAAGGAAUAUUGUGACAUCUUUACGAAUGGCUGCGACGAUAAAGAAUGUGAAGAUGACGACGAAUGUGGACCUAAGCAAUUUUGUCACGCCGGUUGGUUUGAUUGCUACGAUAAAGAAUGUGAAAAAGACGAUGAUUGUGAACGUGGGGAAUUUUGUGACUUUAAGUACGAAUGCAGUUCGGAAGGUUGUAAUGGAGACAAUGGUCAAGAUUCUGGCCAAUAUUGCGAAGAAUAUUUGUGUGUUUCGCGCUUGUAAUUCUUGCUUUUUACGAAUAUUUGCGUAUUGCCUCCAUAUAUAUCAUGCAGAAAUGAGUGACCGCAUCUUUUUUUGCAUGGCCCGUUGUUUGUCUUACCAGUUUGUCUAAUUCUGAGCAAUUUUGAGAUCAAUCCAAUAGAAUUAAUAGAGAUCUAUUUAUGAUAUUAUGCAACCACAAUUCGGCCAUCGGCCACAAUAUUAUCGGCCCUAUACGGGUCCGAACUGCAUUUAGCAUCAAUCGCGAGUACAUAGUAGCAUGGGGAUCACUUUUAAGAAACAAGUUUGGUUCAUAAACUCAACUCCGAACAUGCUUAUGGUUGUUUUUUAAAUAUUUUUAUGCGUGUUAGGAGACAUUUUUAAACUCUAAUAUUCUCUUUUACCGGUAUAUCGGUAUUUUCUGAAAAAAAUAUUUUGAUUUGUUUUGAAUUGUUUUUCCACUUUCCUAAUUUGUCUUUCGAAUUC